AAUAUCAUGCAUAACGUGAUAUCAUAACUAUAUAUAUAUAUAUAUAUAUAUUUACAUAGAAAACAUAUUCAUAAAGUGAAGUUCAUUUUUCUACUCAUUUUUCCCUAUAAAACAUCUAAUUGUUUUAUUUAUUUCUUUCAUUCAUCAUAAAACUAUUUGUUUAUCAUUUAAUCAUUAUAAAAGAAAUUCUUUAAAAGAGAAAAGAAAGCGAGAAAAAAAAGAAAGAAAGAAAAAAACAAAACAAAUACAAUCACUGUAAGAUUAUUUAUACUGUAUGUAUAUACACAUAUAUAUACAGAGUUUAUUCAUCAAUAUGAAACAAAUCAUUGAAAUUAUCACUUUUCUAAUUUUAUGUUCAAUGGCUGAAUAUAUGCCAGUUGGUCAAAGUGUUUCAUUAAAACAGUUUAAUCCAGAUAAUGAAGCACUUAUUAAUGAAUAUUUUUCAUCAGAAAAAGUCGAUGAAGCUGCUGAACAUUGUUUACGUUUAAUUGGUAGUAAAACAAUUGUAUCACAUAAUAAUCAUAAUUAUAAUAAUGAUGAAAAUAAUUUAAGUUAUACAGCACGUAAAUUAAAAUGGAGACAUUGUAUUCUCAAAGAAUUAGAUCGUAUUAAUCGUGGUUUAUUUACAUGGAAUAUUGGUUCAUUAUUUAAUUAUCAUAAAGAUAUGAAUACGGUAGAAUAA